UUGGUAUACGCUCAAGCCUUCCCGUCCCCAACUAGUCCCGCCCGUCCCCCCGACUGUUCGCUCCCCGUGCUCAAAACUCGUCAAUUUCGGCCGCGAUUCGCCUCCACGCCAGCGAUCAUGCCUGUCGGAAACCCCGCGGCGGAGACGCCGACCGUAGAGCGGGAGCAGCUCCCGCCGGUCCUCCUCUCCCGCCCGCUCUCAUCCCCCUUCCACGACGCGCUAGCCUCCAAGUUCCACUUCCUGAAGCCUUGGGAGUCUCCGCUCCCCCGCGACGAAUUCCUCGCUGCCCACGCUGGCGACGUCCGGGCCCUCCUCUGCUUCGGCCCCAACCCCGCCGUCGACGCCGAGCUCCUUGCCUGCCUUCCCAAGCUGGAGCUGGUCGUGGCCUUCAGCACCGGUGUCAACCACAUCGACCUCGCGGAGUGCCGGCGGAGGGGCAUCGCCGUCACCAACGCCGGGAACGCCUUCACGGAGGAUGUUGCAGACUAUGCGGUGGCUCUCUUGAUUGAUGUCCUGCGGCAGAUCUCCGCGGCUGAUCGGUAUGUGCGGCGAGGCCUCUGGCCGAUCAAUGGGGACUGUCCGCUUGGUCACAAG